GGCUCCAGCGUGACAUGGCUGAAGCGCACCAGGCCGUGGGCUUCCGACCCUCGCUGACCUCGGACGGGGCUGAAGUGGAACUCAGUGCCCCUGUGCUGCAGGAGAUCUACCUCUCUGGCCUUCGCUCCUGGAAGAGGCAUCUCUCCCGUUUCUGGAAUGACUUUCUCACCGGGGUGUUUCCUGCCAGUCCCCUCAGUUGGCUUUUCCUCUUCAGUGCCAUCCAGCUUGCCUGGUUCCUCCAGCUGGAUCCUUCCUUAGGACUGAUGGAGAAGAUCAAAGAGUUGCUGCCCGACUGGGGUGGACAACACCACGGGCUCCGGGGGGUCCUGGCAGCCGCGCUGUUUGCCUCGUGUUUGUGGGGAGCCCUGAUCUUCACACUGCACGUGGCCCUGAGGCUGCUUCUGUCCUACCACGGCUGGCUUCUUGAGCCCCACGGAGCCAUGUCCUCCCCCACCAAGACCUGGCUGGCCCUGGUCCGCAUCUUCUCCGGCCGCCACCCGAUGUUGUUCAGUUACCAGCGCUCCCUGCCACGCCAGCCCGUACCCUCUGUGCAGGACACCGUGCGCAAGUACCUGGAGUCGGUCCGGCCCGUCCUCUCCGACGAGGACUUCGACUGGACCGCGGUCCUGGCACAGGAAUUCCUGAGGCUGCAGGCGUCGCUGCUGCAGUGGUACCUGCGGCUCAAGUCCUGGUGGGCGUCCAAUUAUGUCAGUGACUGGUGGGAGGAAUUUGUGUACCUGCGCUCCCGAAAUCCGCUGAUGGUGAACAGCAACUAUUACAUGAUGGACUUCCUGUAUGUCACACCCACGCCUCUGCAGGCAGCUCGUGCUGGGAAUGCCGUCCACGCCCUCCUCCUGUACCGCCACCGCCUGAACCGCCAGGAGAUACCCCCGACUUUGCUGAUGGGAAUGCGCCCCUUAUGCUCUGCCCAGUACGAGAAGAUCUUCAAUACUACGCGGAUUCCAGGGGUCCAAAAAGACUACAUCCGCCACCUCCAUGACAGUCAACACGUGGCUGUCUUCCACCGGGGCCGAUUCUUCCGCGUGGGGACCCACUCCCGAAACAGCCUGCUUUCCCCGAGGGCCCUGGAGCAGCAGUUUCAGAGAAUCCUGGAUGAUCCCUCACCAGCCUGCCCCCACGAGGAACAUCUGGCCGCUCUGACCGCUGCUCCCAGGGGCACGUGGGCCCAGGUGCGGACAUCCCUGAAGACCCAGGCAGCGGAGGCCCUGGAGGCGGUGGAAGGGGCCGCUUUCUUUGUGUCACUGGAUGCUGAGCCCGCAGGGCUCACCAGGGAGGACCCGGCAGCGUCGUUGGAUGCCUACGCCCAUGCUCUGCUGGCUGGCCGGGGCCAUGACCGCUGGUUUGACAAAUCCUUCACCCUAAUCGUCUUCUCUAAUGGGAAGCUGGGCCUCAGCGUGGAGCACUCCUGGGCCGACUGCCCCAUCUCAGGACACAUGUGGGAGUUCACUCUGGCUACAGAAUGCUUUCAGCUGGGCUACUCAACAGACGGCCACUGCAAGGGGCACCCGGAUCCCACACUACCCCAGCCCCAGCGGCUGCAAUGGGACCUUCCAGACCAGAUCCACUCCUCCAUUUCCCUAGCCCUGAGGGGAGCCAAGAUCUUGUCUGAAAAUGUCGACUGCCACGUCUUUCCAUUCUCCCUAUUUGGCAAGAGCUUCAUCCGACGCUGCCACCUCUCUUCAGACAGCUUCAUCCAGAUCGCCUUGCAACUGGCCCACUUCCGGGACAGGGGUCAAUUCUGCCUGACUUAUGAGUCGGCCAUGACUCGCUUAUUCCUGGAAGGCCGGACGGAGACGGUGCGGUCUUGCACGAGGGAGGCCUGCAACUUUGUGAGGGCCAUGGAGGACAAAGAGAAGACGGACCCACAGUGCCUCGCCCUGUUCCGCGUAGCAGUGGACAAGCACCAGGCUCUGCUGAAGGCAGCCAUGAGUGGGCAGGGAGUCGACCGCCACCUCUUUGCGCUGUACAUCGUGUCCCGAUUCCUCCACCUGCAGUCGCCCUUCCUGACCCAGGUCCAUUCGGAGCAGUGGCAGUUGUCCACCAGCCAGAUCCCUGUUCAGCAAAUGCAUCUGUUUGACGUCCACCAUUACCCAGACUAUGUUUCCUCGGGCGGUGGAUUCGGGCCUGCUGAUGACCACGGUUAUGGUGUUUCUUAUAUCUUCAUGGGGGAUGACAUGGUCACCUUCCACAUCUCCAGCAAAAAAUCAAGCACAAAAACGGAUUCCCACAGGCUGGGGCAGCACAUUGAGGAUGCACUGUUGGAUGUGGCCUCCCUGUUCCAGGCGGGACAGCAUUUUAAGCGCCGGUUCAGAGGGUCAGGGAAGGAGAACUCCAGGCAUAGGUGUGGAUUUCUCUCCCGCCAGACCGGGGCCUCCAAGGCAUCAAUGACAUCCACCGACUUCUGACUCCUUCCAGCAGGCAGCUGGCCUCUCCGGGCAAUAAGCGUGAAAUUGCCACAGCUGGCUGAUACAGGACAGGGGCAGCCAGUUUGGCAACCGCACAUCCAGGCCAAUAAAGAUGUGUGAGCUGGGUGUGUGGUGUCUGCUGUGCUCUUGGGCAGGGCAGGGGUGGAAGAGGUGAGGACCAGGGUGGAGGAGGACAGAAGUUCUCAUCCAUUCCCAGGUCCACCCAGGGAUUCCCAGUUGCAGUCACAGCUUCAACCACAGCCUGGAACACCUGCCCAGUGUACUUCAUUUCCUGUGGAGAAAAGAAAGAGAGAUCAGAUUGUUACUGUGUCUGUGUAGAAAGAAGUAGACACAGGAGACUCCAUUUUGUUCUGUACUAAGAGAAAUUCUUCUGCCUUGAGAUGCUGUUAAUCUAUAACCUUACCCCCAACCCCAUGCUCUCUGAAACAUGUGCUGUGUCAAACUCAGGGUUAAAUGGAUUAAGGGCUGUGCAAGAUGUGCUUUGUUAAACAGAUGCUUGAAGGCAGCAUGCUCGUUAAGAGUCAUCACCACUCCCUAAUCUCAAGUACCCAGUGACACAAAAACUGCAGAAGGCCGCAGGGACCUCUGCCUAGGAAAGCCAGGUAUUGUCCAAGGUUUCUCCCUGUGUGAUAGUCUGAAAUAUGGCCUCAUGGGACCCAGCCCGACACCCGUAAAGGGUCUGUGCUGAGGAGGAUUAGUAUAAGAGGAAGGAAUGCCUCUUUGCAGUUGAGACAAGAGGAAGGCAUCUGUCUCCUGCCGGUCCCUGGGCAAUGGAAUGUCUCGGUAUAAAACCCGAUUGUAUGUUCCAUCUACUGAGAUAGGGGAAAACCGCCUUAGGGCUGGAGGUGGGACAUGCGGGCAGCAAUACUGCUCUGUAAGGCAUUGAGAUGUUUAUGUGUAUGCAUAUCUAAAGCACAGCUCUUGAUUCUUUACCUUGUCUAUGAUGCAGAGACCUUCACGUGUUUAUCUGCUGACCUUCUCCCCACUAUUAUCCUAUGACCCUGACACAUCCUCCUCUCUGAGAAACACCCAAGAAUGAUCAAUAAAUACUAAGGGAACUCAGAGGCUGGCGGGAUCCUCCAUAUGCUGAACGCUGGUCCCCUGGGCCCCCUUAUUUCCCUAUA